AUGGCUUACUCUCGGACGGCCGCCGUGGUUGCGCUGCUGCUGCACGCGGCGUGCCUCUCAUCGCCGCAUCGUCUCGUCGCGGGCCACGUGUGGCCUUCCAAUGAAGCGGCAAGCACCCGCUACGAGUUAAAGAGGGCCAAGGCGCCUGCCGCAUGCCCCGCGGGCGUUGUCUGCCCGACGGGAGCCUUCUGCGUGGUGGACAGCGGCGGCUUCCCCUUCUGCAAGUGCCUCACCGGGCAGGGCAUCGUCAACGGCGCGUGCUUGGAUGCCAUGAGCUGGAAGACGGUGGGCACGAGCGUCGUGCUCUACAACGCCGCCUCCUUCGCCAACUCGCCCGCCACGCUCGCACCGGCCGUGCUGCGUGCGCCAGCACCCAACUCAUCAGCCUGUACUGUUGUCCCGAAGGGGUUCAACGGCACGGUGGGGUCGCUGCGCAUUAUGUGGAACGUGGAUGACGGCGCCAAGGAUCACCUUGUGUGCGGCAAGCUCGUCUUCUGGGACAAGCCUGACUGCUCUGGGUCGGCAUCGGUGUUUGAGAUUCCCGGCAAGUGGACUGCAGCCAAGGCCGACAAGUUCAACUACGCCACCACCAGCGUCAAGAAGGCAGCGGGCGUGGUGGCGACGGGCAGGUCCUUCUCGUGUCUGGCGGCCGUGAAGCCGCCUGUCACGGACCUGUGUGCCACGGCGGCAUGCCCGCCCAACUCCAAGUGCGUCCUGACGAACAGCUCGUUCGCGUGUGCGACGCUGGACUGA